AUGAAGGGUGGGGCUAAAACUCCUAAUCUGUGUUUUGAUUGGUGUUCGACGUCCACUUCGUUGUGUAUCUUCCGGGUGCACGUUGUAGCCGCAAUAAGUAGUGUUUUUCUUUUAUUUUGACCAUGGAAGACGGCAAUGAUGGAAACCUGGCUCUGGUGAAGCACGUGGUGUUGGUACUGUCAGGAAAGGGGGGAGUGGGAAAGAGCACCAUUACCACAGAGUUGGCUCUGGCCCUCAAACAUGCAGGGAAGAAGGUUGGCAUCCUGGACGUUGACCUCUGUGGUCCCAGCAUCCCUCGCAUGCUGUGUGUGGACCGUCCGGACGUCCAUCAGUGUGACUCUGGGUGGGUUCCCGUCUACACCGAUGCCCAAAAGAGCCUGGCUCUGAUGUCUAUUGGUUUUCUAAUGGAAGAUCCGGAUGAGGCAGUCGUAUGGAGAGGACCAAAAAAAUCUGCAAUGAUUGGUCAGUUUGUGUCAGAUGUCGCGUGGGGGGAGCUAGAUGUCCUCCUGGUGGACACGCCGCCAGGGACAUCUGAUGAGCAUUUGGCUGUCGUGGAAAACCUCCGAAAACACAGAGUAGAUGGAGCCAUCUUGGUAACCACACCUCAGGCGGUGUCGACUGGGGAUGUGAGACGAGAGAUCACCUUUUGCAAGAAGACAGGUGUUCGGAUCCUUGGCAUUGUAGAAAACAUGAGCGGCUUUAUUUGUCCACAUUGCUCUGAAUGCAGCAACAUAUUUUCAAAAGGUGGCGGUGAGGAGUUGGCCAAACUGACUGGAUCAGUGUUUUUAGGCUCCGUGCCCUUGGAUCCUCUCCUCAGCGCCAGCGUAGAAGAAGGCAAAGACUUUGCAGAGUCAUUUCCUGACAGUGCCACAUUCGGUUCCAUCAGCAGUAUUUCUCAAGUUCUGCUCAACAGUCUUGAAACUGAAUGACACAGUCGAGCUUUAAUUUAGUUUUUGUACAUAACAUGACUAAACAUAAAUCAUUUUUCCAUCUCUGA